UCACGAACUGUUUGUAAGCUGGAAUCCCCAGCAACUCAACUUUGGCUCGUUAAGCUUUCGGUAAAGCCGGGCAAUGCCUUUCAUCUAAAAUUAAUUAUACAGAAUGUUACUUUUGAAAGACUGAUACAUGCAUAUAGCAACCAGGGGAUGAAUGGGGGCUAAUUUAUAACAGUCUAAUCCUUUAUUAUUGUGCCUGCCCUUUCUCUCUCUCUCUGCACCCUGCUCCAUUCUUCUCCUUGCACGCAGCUUCACUUUCCUUUUGUGCGUCCCUGUUUCCAACCAUUUCAGCAUGACGAGCACGGCUGAGCUCUUGCAAGCUGAGGCAGAGCUCUGGUGCCACGCCUUCGGCUACCUCAAAUCCAUGGCACUGCAGUGCGCGAUCAAGCUCGGGAUCCCCAACGCCAUCCACCGCAGCGGCGGCACUGCGUCUCUGCCCGAGCUGCACGCCGCUCUCCCCGUCGCCGCGAGCAAGCGAUCAUGCGUGUCCCGCAUCAUGACGUUCUUGGCCGCGUCGGGGAUAUUCUCAGAGGAGAGCCCGGCGGCAGCGGCAGACGGCGAGGUCGCAGCAGGCGUGCGCUACAGCCUCACCCCAGCAUCUCGCCUCCUUGUCGACGACGACGAUAGCGUCACCAGCGGCAGUCACCAUACAUGCCUCUCACAGUUCAUGCUCCUGUGCUGCUCGCCGAUCAAUUUCAGGGCGUCACAGAGCCUGGAUGACUGGCUCAGGGUUGACGAGCUCGACGGCGACAACCACGCCGCCGCGGCAGCAGCCGAGACACCGUUCAUGAUGGCUAACGGAGCGAGCCUCUACGGUCUCACCAGCCGUGACGCGGAGUUCGGCGCGCGUUUCAGCGAAGGGAUGGGCUCCGACAGCCGCUUCGUGGCGGAGAUCCUCGCCCGCGGCGGCUGCGCCCCGGUGUUCGCCGGACUGACGUCCCUGGUGGACGUCGGAGGCGGUGACGGGACGACGGCGAGGGCCAUUGCCAGGGCCUACCCGCACGUGAGGUGCUCCGUGCUGGAGCUGCCCGAGGUGGUGGUGGACGCCGUGCCGGCUGAUGGUGGUGCUGUUGAGUUCGUCGCAGGCGACAUGAUGGAGUACAUCCCUCCAGCUGAUGCUGUGUUACUCAAGUUUGUGCUACAUAACUGGAGUGACGAGGAAUGUGUUCGAAUCUUGAAGCUAUCCAAAGAAGCUAUUUCUACUCGAGAACCAAAGGGGAAGGUGAUAAUAAUAGAUGUUGUUUUAGGAUCAUCUGCAUCUAAACAGAUACUAGAAGCUCAACUUUUGUUGGAUCUAUGUAUGAUGGUUAUAUUACCAGGAAAACAGAGAGACGAGGAGAAAUGGCAUAAGAUUUUCUUGGAUGCAGGAUUUACCCGAUACGAGAUGAGUCCUAUGUUAGGAUCUCGAUCACUUAUCGAGGUCUAUCCAUAGCUAGACCCUGCAGAUAACCAUGUCAUAUGACCUAUCAAAGGGUUAAGGCCCUAACUUACACAUUGCACUUGUCAUAUAAUGUAAUUUAGUUUGAUCACUAACCUAAGAGCAAGUAGUUUUGCCACAUAUUGUUGUGUACGUUAGUGUUACACACCUACUUAUUUCCUACAUGAACUGUUUGUUCAAGGUAGACAAGG